GUGAAGGAAAAGAGGUUGAGGACCACUUACGCCAAGUUUCAGACAUUUGAGUUGGAAAAAGAGUUUCAUUACAACAGGUACAUAACACGAAAUAAAAGAAUAGAACUUUCCUCCAGGCUCGAACUCACUCAACGACAAAUAAAAAUUUGGUUCCAAAACCGAAGGAUGAAGUUUAAGAAGGAUUCG